AGCUUUAACUUUCAAGUAGCCGAGUUCCCACAGCAGCCCACGAGUCCCGGCGCGAGUCCACAGGACAGUGAACCAUGCGAUACACUGGAUUAUUUAUAUCACUGCUUUCUUUUGUUUAUACAUGGGAGAAUCUUGAGGCAGCGAAUUCAGCUUUACCUCAUGUGAUGCGCUAUGAUGUGGUCCGACCUCAGGCACUGAAAGGGCGAGCGAGGAGGAGCGCCUCUUCUCUCAAGACGUAUCCUGAACAACUUGAAUAUGAUUUGGCGGUAGAUGGGAGGAAUUUAACAGUUUCUUUGCACAAAAAUAGGGAGCUUUUAGGAAAAAAUUACACCCUCUCAUAUUACACCAAAGAUGGGAUUUCAGAAACAGAGUCUUCAGACAAUAUUGAUCACUGCUACUAUCAGGGACACGUCCAUAAUUUUGAAGACUCUUCAGUCAGUGUUGGACUUUGCUCUGGCAUGGAAGGGUUUCUGAGGAUCAAAAAUCAAGUUUACUUGAUUGAGCCCCUAGAAGAGUCGUUGGAUGGUGACCAUGCUAUAUAUAAGCAAGAGCAUUUAAGGACCAAGCAAGGGGCCUUUGGAUACAUUAAUGACACAGUCUAUAACAUUGGUCCGAAGUCUAGUGGGCUGUAUAAAGGCAAAUAUGUGAAAAACACCGGAGGAGGACAGCAGACUGUUGAGAUGGUUUUGGUUGUUGAUAAUACGGAGUACAACAAGUUUGUAAGUUUUAAGAAGAUUGAAGAAAGAAUGUUGUUGGUCGCAAAUCAUGUAGACAAGCUUUACCGGUCUUUAAACAUACGUGUCAGGUUGGUUGGACUUGAGAUUUGGUCUCAAAGAGACUUAAUUGAUGUCAGCAAUAUACCAAAUCUUACUCUGGAACGAUUUUUACAAUGGCGUCAGAACAGCCUGCUCAAGAGGAAGAAGCAUGACAAUGCCCAUUUUGUUACGGGUGUAGAUUUUGAAGGGUCAACGGUUGGGUUGGCUACAAUGUAUGCUAUGUGCUCUCCAUCCUCUGGUGCUGUGAAUGAGGACCAUAAUAAAAAUCCAAUUGCUGUGGCUUCUACAAUUACCCAUGAAAUGGGACAUAAUCUGGGUAUGUCACAUGACGAUUCAAGCUGUGGAUGCUCCUCAGACAAGGGCUGCGUUAUGUCAGACACCAUUGGGUAUGUUUACCCUGAUUCCUUCAGCACUUGCAGUCAGGCAGCUUUAAAGGCGUUUUUGCAGAGUUAUGAUACCAGCUGUCUACUAGACGUGCCAAAUGAGAGUGAACUAUAUGGAGGUCCAGUUUGUGGAAAUGCUUUUGUUGAAAAAGGCGAGGAGUGUGACUGCGGAACUGUUGAGGAAUGUAACAAUCCCUGCUGCAAUGCCACCACCUGUCGACUGACCGAAGGUGCCGUUUGCGCACAUGGGGAGUGCUGCCACAAUUGCCAGUUGAAACAUUCAAGUAGCCUGUGCAGAAAGAGUGCUCACGACUGUGAUUUGGACGAGUACUGUACAGGAAUAUCAGCCUUUUGUCCAGAGGAUGAAUAUAAGAUGAAUGGACACCCUUGCAAUUAUAAUCAGGGCUACUGUUAUAAUGGACAAUGUCCAACACAUAAAGAACACUGCAAGAAGCUGUGGGGAGCAGAUGCUAAAGUGGAUACUGACAUCUGCUUUGAUUAUAAUGUUCGUGACAGAACCUCGAAGAGUGCUGAGCACAUGAUGUGUGGGAAGAUAUACUGUUAUGGUGGGAAUCCUUUCCCCAUAACCAACAGAAGAUUAACAGUCACUAUUGGUUCAAAAACAUGCAACAUGGCUGUGGAUGACUCGCCCACAGGUGACUUGGCGAUGGUUCCAGCAGGCACCAAAUGUGGCAUUAAUAAGGUGUGUUACCACAACCUUUGCCAAGACAUUAGUAUAUACGGCAUUGAGAACUGCUCUGAUAAAUGCAACAAUCGUGGGGUGUGUAACCAUGAGAGGAAGUGUCACUGUGAUCCAGGAUGGGCACCACCCUAUUGUGAUGUUCAAUUCUCAGAAAUUAAAUCGCCUAAGCAAUAUGUGAUCAUUGGUGUGACUGCAUCUGUAGUCGUUCUUGGAUUGAUCAUUAUUAUCGGAGCACUGGUGUGUCACAGGAAAAAAAUAACAGAAUAUAGAAAGAAAAGGUCUUUGAAGGACACACACCCUUCCUCAGGCCAGUGCAAUCCAGCAUUCCAACCAGGAAGUGCAAAGAACAGCCCGAGAUGCACACAACCACGCAUAGGUCAACCAACUUUCCUUGAGUCAUCCACUACCCUGUCCUGCAAGCCUCUCUAUUCUGCGGCUGUGCCCUCUAGACCAGCACCAUUGCCUCCAAAGAAUGCACCGCAAACUAGGACAGAACAGAUUGUACAGCCUCCUGUCCCACCUCCUGGUAUUUCCAAAAACAUGUAUCCUGUUCAGGCAAAACCCCUACUUCCACCAACUAAGCCACUCCCUCCAUCAAGGCCGUUACCACCACUGGCAUCUAAACCUGUGACUAAGUCAAAACCACAUCCAGUGCCUCCUGUGAAACCCACUGGGACGCAGCUAGCAUUUACUCCACCUCAGGUAAUCCAGAAAGUUGCACUGAAACCUCCUGCCAGGCCCAGAUGAUCUGGAACAAUAUGAGUUGCUCUGAAUCACUGGGAGCUUCAGAAGAACCGUGGGCAGCAGUUUACAAGCUGAACAGAGCUUGUUGUGUUUUUUGUGGUAUAGCUUGUGAAUAACAAGAUGGAGUUAAGGAGGAUGGUAAAGCAGAAUGAAACAUUUGCACUGUAGGAAUCGCUUUAGACUAUUGGUACGACUUGUUUGCAAUUUCUUUGAUAGUAUUUUGGCCUUUUCUGUUUAUUUAUUUUAUAUUUCGAUUUUUAAGAAUGUAAUUUGCAACUGUUUACAGUCGGUUCAGAUAUGUCUAGUCUAGAGAGUUCCUCCUUUAAAGUCCACACCACAUUGCUGCCUAAGUGGGAGAGUAAAGUGUAUUAUGGUGCGUUCAUACUUGCCUCUGCAGCUUUUUUGUAUUUGCAAUUUUAUGUCUUAUUUUUUUCAUUAUUUUAUGUAUAAUUUCUUGUUAUUUACUUUUUGCAAUUACAAGAGGGGACCUGUAAAAAGGCUUGUGCCAUAAGGCCAU